GGACACAGGGCCGCGAGGAGGCUGCCACGAUGCUCCCGUCUUUGCAGGAAUCGCUGGAUGGGGAUGAAAAGGAGCUGGAGAGCAGCGAGGAGGGUGGCUGUGCGGAGGAGCGGAGACUCGAGCCACCACCCAGCAGACACUAUUGCCUGUACAGCUACCGCGGAAGCAGAUUGACACAGCAUCGAGGGGAUAGUGAUGAUGGACAUUCAAGUGGAACAAAUUCAGAAACGCCAUCUGGUGAUGAUUUCAGCCUCUCCUUGGUGGAUACUAAUCUUCCAUCUGAAGUGGAGCCAGAGCUGCGCAGUUUCAUUGCUAAGCGUCUUUCCAAAGGAGCAUUCUUUGAAGGGCUGGGUAAUGUUGCAUCUGUAGAGCUGAGAAUUCCGGGUUACCGGGUUGGUUGUUACUACUGCCUUUUCCAACAGGAAAAACUGCUUCCUGAAAUAGCAGUGGAACCGGAACUUAACCCUUCUGAGUAUGUGGUCUGCUUCUUAGGAGGGUCUGAAAAAGGAUUGGAGCUUUUCAGGCUUGAAUUGGACAAGUAUAUUCAAGGGCUGAAAAAUAACAUGAACUGCAAGGAAAGCAGCCUGGGAUGUGAUGUCAGUUCCUAUCUGAACAGCUGGUAUGAGGAUGUGGUGUGUCCGAUCCAAAGGGUGGUUCUUCUCUUUCAGGAAAAGCUGUCCUUUCUGCUACAUGCUGCUCUAAGUUAUACUCCUGUUGAGCUUAAAGAAUCAGAUGAAAAAACAAAGAGAGACAUCAACAGGUUUCUGAGUGUGGCCAGUCUCCAAGGACUCAUUCAUGAAGGCACCAUGACCUCUUUGUGCAUGGCCAUGACAGAGGAGCCGCAUAAGUCUGUGAUCAUCGACUGUAGUGGGCCCCAGCCUCAGUUCUACAAUGCAGGAAGCAACCGUUUUUGUGAGGACUGGAUGCAGGCUUUCUUACAUGGUGCUGAAGCGGGGAACCCUUUUCUUUUCAGACAAGUCCUGGAGAACUUUAAACUAAAGGCCAUACAAGACACAAACAAUUUGAAGAGAUUUAUCCGACAGGCAGAGAUGAAUCACUAUGCUUUGUUUAAAUGUUACAUGUUCCUUAAGAACUGCGGCAGUGGAGAUAUUCUUUUGAAGAUUGUUAAAGUGGAGCAUGAAGAAAUGCCCGAAGCCAAGAGUGUGGUGGCGGCCCUGGAAGAGUUCAUGCGAGAAGCACUCGAUUGAGUGUGCACAACGCGGGUUAGGCUGCACGUGCGGAGCUGCAGAUGUCAUUGUUCACAGGCUCGCACUGCUCCGAAGAUGACGGGGACACGCAGGCUCUUUCUGCCCUUUGUACUUUGUUUAACUUAAUUAAACACAGAAAUCCGAGGAUCAUCUUCACAGAGUCCUAGGCAGAUAAUGUGUAUUACAAUUGUGGAAUUUUGCUACUUUGUUAGUCUCAUAAAUUUUAAGCUUAAUAUGCUGCCUAAAAAGCUUUGGAGGUGAUUUUUGGCUUCUCAGAAGCUUACUGUAGUAUUUAGCAGGUUUUCCUCUUCCUCCUCAAGACGGAAAAAAAAAAAGUUCUUCUUUCUCGAUAGACAGGUGAUCCUAGUGAGAUGUGACGACACAUGCCUGUAAUCUGGCUACUCGGGAGGUGGAGUCAGUUUUCAAGUUCCAGGCCAG